GAGUUAGCAAACGAGCAGAGGGCGACCAACAGGUGACGAAGAUCAGCCAUCGUUUUGUUUACGUCCAGAGUAGGAAAUUACUUAUCAUCGUCAACGUAAACUUGGACAGAAGUAUAUUAAAAAGAGAGAUAAGUUAUAAUUACUAUUGACAACUACCGUCAUUUGAGCGGUGAGGAAGAAGAAGAAGAAAAAAAAAAACAUUGAGAAACACUUCCAACAAGGCACAGCAGACUGAGCAGUGUGCUGCUGAGCUGGCGUACUCUGAUCCUUGGGCUUGCUGGCUGUCUCGCCCAGGCUUGUUUGGAAACACUCCAGGCAGCCACUUGUGAGACAAGCAAAAGAGAUAUCAACAGUUUGAGAAGCAAAAUAAUAUCUGUUAAAGGAGUGUCCAGCCUCAGGUUGCAGGUUGGCAACUGCCAACAGAGGAGCAGAACCAAAUGCCACUAAGCAGCCAUCUCUUAUUGUCUGCAGUAUAUCAUUUAGAGUUGACUGGCAUGAUGAAGAUACUUUUGGUGGUGGUGGUAGUGGCAAUGCCUGGACUGGAGCUGACAAGGGCUGAGUGUACUGUGGAUCCAUCAGUAAAGGCUGAGAGCAAGCUCGAGCAAGAAAAACUCCUUCAGACCCUCAGCCCAAUUAUAGGACAGAGCUCUGGAGAAGUACAGGAUAAGCAUGGCAAUACAUAUGAAUUUGCAGUGUGUUCAGACUUGCCAAAUCUGCCAGGUGUCAGCCUUGCCCAGACUGGCAAGACCCCUGUUCCCCUCGGCUAUAACAACCAGACUCUGGUGUCCAGUGACAAGCACUGGCUGAUGUUAACCUUCCUUGGGGGUCCUGCCAGCCAGGCAGGAUGCAAUGGCAGCCAUUGGCAGGGACAUGUUGUCUUCAUCUGUGACCAUGACCAAGAUAAAAUUGAAAUGAAAGUUCUUGAUGACCCCAAUUUCACGUUGAAGUUUUCUGCAAUGUUUGUUGUGCGCCACCGAAGCAUUUGUUCCCUGUCUCAGAAAGGCCUCAGUGGUGGAGCCAUAUUUUUCAUUUUGCUUCUGGUCAGCUUUUCUUUGUACUUCACCUUUGGCUUCUUGUACCUGCGGCUGGUGAGAGGAGCAAAGGGGGUGGAACAGAUACCCAACCGCAACUUCUGGUUUAGAGUUGGAAACCUGCUGGCAGAUGGGUGUGAAACUGUUUUCCGAUGUGACCGUUACUGUGGAGCAGGUGAACGUCCAUCCAGCAGCUACAGUGGCUAUUCCCCAAUUGAUGAGCAGCUGGCACAAGACCUGCAGGACGGGGACAGGGACUCAGCCUUGCUCAGCCCAUAGGAGGCGUGGGAAGUGUCAAGUCACCAGCAGGAAGUGGUUGUUGUAUAAUUAGUGAACUUUGCAGACAGCCUCUUGUUUUGUAAGGACCAGAUGAGUAUGGUCAGUGGUUUAUUAAUAUUUCCAAGACUAGAAAAUGUUGUAAUUAUAGUCAAAAUUCUAUAAAUUUAAAGUUAUUCAAUACUGAGGCAAAGCUGUGGGAGUGAUAUGCAGGUUUCAUUGUUACUGUUUUGGCCAAAUAUUUAAUUGACUUCUAUGCAUCAAAUUAUAUACUUUCAUUUGUUGUACAGUAGUGUUGCAAUUCACACAUGUCUGAAAUACAUUGAUGUGUAACAAGCAUUACAAAUUUAUCAAAACUAUUUAAAAUUGUUCUCCAUUUUUCAAUAGUGCUGUCUGGUGUUUUGGAAUUUUU